AUGGCGGCGGCGACGACGACGGAGUCGACACGCAUCGCGACGACGCAGCGCUGGCACUGGCCGUGGGGGGCCCGCACGAGGGUGACGGUAACGAACAAGGUCUCGGGAUGGAGACAACUGAAAGUGCACUGCAAAUCCGGGAACGACGAUCUCCACGUUCAUGUGUUGAAUCCAGGGGAGGGUUAUCGCUUCAAGUUCUGGCCGAACGUCCAAGGAACCACGCUGUUCUAUUGCUACUUUAAUUGGGGGGAGGGACUUCGCCAGUUCGAUAUCUACGAUUUUGACAGGGACUCGAAGCGCUGCAAGACGUGGUGCCCGUGGGACGUCAAGGAGACCGGGCCGUGUUUGAGCAACGGGGAAUUUACGUCUUGCUAUCAGUGGAAAAAAUAA